UGAUCUGCUCUGCAGGGAAGACUAAAUUAGUGCUAAUACCACGCGAUAAGCAGUCCAAAGAUUCAGAAAAGGAAGAUUAAGAUACCACCCAAUCCCUAAUUAUGCUCCUCCUGCUGCUGCUAAGCAUAAGUGCGCGCAAUAACUAGACCACCACCUUCCUCCUCGCCGAGCCGAGCCGCCAUUUAAUUCCUCCGCCUCCUUCUCGCACUAGAUUUACACUGCAUUCUCCUCCUCCUCCUCCUCUGCUGCUGCGCCUGGCCCUGGCGGCGUCUCUUUCCCUUGCUCGGCUCGGCUGCUGCUCCUCUCUUUACUUCAACUGCUCCCACUCCCCAACCAACUCAACACCUCCACCUCCACUCACUUCAUCCCCAUGUGGUGGUGAGCGGUGCCGAAGCGAGCAGCACACCAUGGCUCCGUGAAUUCGCUGCCAUUCGCGGCGACAAGCAGGGAUUCGGGCGUGCUCGUUCGUGGUGCUGAUUUCGCAUCGGCGCCGCUUGGGCAUGAUGAGGGCGGCGCCCAGCCUCCUCCCGGUUUUCCUCGCCUUGCAGUGCGGGGUGGUGUUCCUGCAAUGCUCCGCGGCGUCUGCCAUGGGCGGCGACGUUCUGGCGCUCAUGUCAUUCAAACGUGCCAUCAUGGAGGACCCUCACUCGGUGCUCUCGGACUGGAUUGAUGCGGACGGGAACGCCUGCGACUGGCAUGGGGUGAUCUGCUCCGCGCCGCAGGGCUCCGUCAUCUCUCUGAAGCUGUCAAACUCAUCUCUCAAGGGAUUCAUCGCACCGGAGCUUGGACAGCUGAGUUUCUUGCAAGAGCUGUAUUUGGACCAUAACCUGCUUUUUGGCACAAUCCCGAAACAAAUAGGCUCAUUGAGGAGCCUGAGGGUUUUGGAUUUGAGUGUUAAUCGCCUCACUGGCCCUAUCCCUCCUGAGUUAGGUGGCUUGAGCAGCGUAAGCGUAAUAAAUUUCCAUUCCAAUGGAUUGACCGGGAAUAUACCACCAGAGCUAGGCAAACUGCAGAAUCUCGUUGAGCUGAGGUUAGACAGGAAUAAACUGAAGGGAUCAAUUCCGGGAAGCAAUACUGCCGGCUUUUCUCCGGCUGCAAAUAGUGGAUCCACAGCUCACAAUGGAUUAUGCCCUUCUCCUCGAUUAUAUGUUGGGGAUUUCUCUUACAACUUUCUUGUUGGAAAAAUUCCACCUUGCUUGAAGUAUCUUCCAAGGGCAAGUUUCCAAGGGAACUGCUUCCGGGACGAGUACUCUAUCCGACAACGAGCUUUUCAAAUCUGUAAAAGUGGUUCAACUGGCCAACGAGGUGGCAUAAAUGGAUUUAAGCAUCCAACUACUGGACAUAAGCAUGAAAGAGUGCAGCAACCAACUUGGCUUCUUGUUUUAGAAAUUGCAACUGGUGUUCUUCUGGUUGUUUUUGCGGUCACUGGUAUCAUUACUGCUUCCAGAACCUGCAAGCUGAAGCCUUCUAUAAGAAUAUCCUCAUGGAAUAGAUCAAAAAGUUGGAGUGAUGAGAUAACAGCGUUGAUUGAUUCUGAUAUGCUGAAAAGUUUGCCAAAAUUAAGUCGCCAGGAGCUUGAAGUUGCCUGUGAGGAUUUUAGCAACAUUAUUGGCUCAUCUCCUGAGACUGUUGUCUACAAAGGAACCAUGAAGGAUGGGCCUGAAGUUUCUGUUAUAUCAUUAUGCGCCUUCGAAGGUCAUUGGACUAGCCAUCAUGAACUCUUUUACCAAAAUAAGGUUAUUGAUCUGGCAAGGUUGAAUCAUGAGAACAUAGCAAAGUUUCUAGGCUAUUGCAGAGAAAGUGAUCCAUUCUCUAGGAUGUUAGUCUUUGAGUACGCAUCAAAUGGGACCCUAUUUGAGCAUCUGCAUUAUGGGGAAGGAGCACAGCUAUCUUGGCUCAGGCGAAUGAAAAUAGCCAUUGGUAUCGCCCAAGGUCUAAGGUACUUGCAUACUGAGUUGCAGCCCCCGUUUGCUAUAUCUGAGCUGAAUUCCAAUUCCAUCUACAUUACAGAAGAUUUUACUCCAAAGUUGGUUGAUUUUGAGUGCUGGAAAAUGAUGUUCUCAAAAAAUGCAAAACCUGCUAACCACUUCAAUAGCAAAGCCUCUUUUCCUGGCAAUGGGGAUUCUCCGGAGGAUAAGCAUGCAGAUAUCCAAUGCAACACAUUUGCUUUUGGGGUGAUUUUACUGGAGAUUAUCAGUGGACGGCUUCCUUAUUGCAAGGACAAAGGCUAUUUGGUUGACUGGGCUACCAAGUAUCUCCAGCAGGCCGAGGAGAUCGGGAAGCUAGUCGACCCUGAACUGACCAAUGUGAGGACUGAGGACCUUGCAGUCCUUUGCAGCGUGGUGAGCCGCUGCAUCGACCCUGACCCUUCCAAGAGACCGUCAAUGCAGAUCAUCACAGGUGUGCUGGAGAAUGGGAUUGACUUGUCCGCAGCCGCCAUCCUGAAGGAGUCUUCUCUAGCAUGGGCCGAGCUCGCCUUGGCGUUGUAACAUACACCCUUCGUCCUGUGUAAAUUCAUCGUCAGGAACACUAAUAUUAAUCACGGUUGUCGCUCGACGUAUAGAGGGGUACGGCGAACGAGCAGGCAUUUGCUCAGUUUCGUGCAUGGCACUGAUUGUUUUGACUGAUAAUAUGAUUUACAAUCGAGUAUGUGCAAUGCUUUUGCCUGCCUGAUGGAAACCACGCCGUGAUCGGUGUGUGGAGGGACUGGGGGACUCCGUUUUUACUGAUGUCUCCAAGAAACGGGCGGUCGGACUGACGCGCGGGCAGGUUGCAGGGCACCUGACCUGUGCGCUCACGUGUUCGGCGGAACGACUUGUUGGUUUCUGUGCUCCCUCGAUCUCCGGCGAGCCACGCGCCACGCCGUGGAGCCGGUCGGUCAUCCAGCAGUGAGCAGCCGGCAGAGGUUGAUUCGCGUUCCUCUGCCCCAGCGCGGCCGUC